AGCAGAUUAACGGAACAAUGUCAUUCGUUCGUCGAAGCCCCGAGAGAAACGAUGGAUUUCACCCACAAACGAGUCUAUCAGAUUCUAUCGGCGAUCCUGGGACCGUUGGCAAGGGAAUCGGAACAGGAGAACGAGGAGAAUGAAACGUAACAAUCGACUACCGACACUUCUCUCUCAAAGUUGAUCGAAAAUAAUCGUGGCCGCGAAAAAGUUCAUGUACGCUUUUAGUCCUUUGCUUUUUAACGAUUUAGCUCGGUAGUAUUCGCGAAAGUUAUGAAAUCGUCCAGUAGAUCGCGAUCGGAAAAUGACUUUUCCUCUGUCAAACUACACGAACUUGACGACCUGUUGUAUGGGAAACGAAUGAAAUUCUCGAAGACGUCGUUUCGCCUAAACGACGUCGAAGACUGUGUGAAGACUGACAAGAAUGAAUCGGAAGAGAAGAAGGAAAAUUAUUUCCCGAAUUGUGACGCGUCCGUGUGGAUGAGGUCUUGCAAGAAGGAAGUGAUAGAACCAAUAACUGGCGAGUUGACAGGGAAAAUACCAAGUUGGCUGAAAGGAACCUUGCUGAGGAAUGGACCAGGCAGCUUGCAAGUCGGGGAAUACAGCUUCAACCAUCUGUUCGAUAGUUCAGCUUUACUACAUCGAUUUGCCAUCGUCAAUGGAAAUGUGACUUACCAGUGCAGAUUCGUCCAGACGGACGUGUACAAGAAGAAUAACGCAGCACAAAGGAUAGUGGUCACUGAAUUUGGCACAAAAGCAGUACCAGAUCCUUGCAAAAGCAUUUUUCAAAGGGUCGCAGCGGUAUUUAAGCCAGAAAACGACUCUGAUAAUUCCAUGAUAUCGGUAUAUCCUUUUUCCGAUGAGUAUUACACGUUCACGGAAUCAGCGAUGAUUCAUCGUAUCGAUCCAAAAACUUUGGAAACUACAGGCAAGGUAAACGUGUCUAAUUACGUUGGAAUCGUAAAUCACACGUCUCACCCUCACAUAAUGAGCGAUGGCACCGUUUAUAACAUGGGACUGAGCGUGACACCACGAGGACCCCUAUACAACGUUGUUUGCUUUUCGCCAAGCCGAAUUGUUAUUGAUGAUUCGGGAGAGGAGAAGGAAUUAUCCAUGUUCGACCAAGCCACCAUCGUCGCCAGCGUUCCAUCCAGAUGGCUGCUGAAUCCCUCUUACAUGCAUACGUUUGGCAUCACUGAGAAUUACUUCAUCAUCGUAGAGCAACCGUUAGCAGUGUCCCUGACCACUGUGGUGUCCUGUAAGAUGAAACAACAACCGAUGUGCGCAGCCCUGAAGUGGUAUGAGAACGAAAACACUCUUAUACACGUGGUUUCGAGAGACACAGGAUUAUUGGAGAGGACGUUUAUUUCAGAGGCAUUUUUUUAUCUUCACAUCAUUAAUCAAUUCGAAACACGUGAUCGCGAUUACGUGGUAUUGGAUAUAUGCUGUUAUCGCGACGCCAAGAUGUUAGAUUGCCUAUUUGUGGAUGCAAUGAAGAACUUGCAUAAGAAUCCAGAUUAUGCCAAGAUGUUUCGUGGAAGACCGCUGAGAUUCGUCUUACCAAUGAAAUAUCCACGGUCGGACGUGCCGUUGGAGUAUAAUUUAAUUACAGCAAAAACGGUGAACCAAGGCCUGGAGUCUUUCCAAGAUAACUCUGACAGAUGCGAAAAUAAAUCUGGUUCAGAGUUCAUCGAAUCAUCGAAUGAAAUCCCCGAUAAGGUGACUAAAGCCAAGAGAAACGAUUAUAAAAAUAUCCUUCAGAGGAGAGCAGCCGCUCAUAGGCUCGCGAAUGGCAAUAUUUUUGUAAAACCGGAACUCCUUUGCGAUCUGGGCUGCGAGACGCCACGUAUUAAUUACGAGUUCUAUCUCGGGAACGAGUAUCGAUACUUUUAUGCUAUUUCGAGCGACGUGGAUCUGGAAAAUCCUGGAACGAUUAUCAAGGUGGACAUCUUGAAGAAAACUAGGAAAACUUGGUGCGAGAAAAAUGUUUAUCCUAGUGAACCGGUUUUUGUACCAGAUCCAAGGGGGAAGAACGAAGACGAUGGAGUGGUUCUCAGUUCCAUUGUGUGGUCUGAUAAAGAGACACGCGUCGGGCUGCUGAUUCUAGACGGCGUGACUCUUACGGAAAUUGCAAGAGCCACCUUUGAAACUCCUGGCCCGGUGCCAAAGUGCUUACAUGGCUGGUUUACCUUGGACAAGUAAAAUAAACUGAAAUCUCCUAACGGUGGAUAUCGGAUUCUCCGAUCAUCGAUGAAAAUGAUAUAUCGAUAUGAAAGCUAUACUAUAUAUAUUCUAGCGUAUUGCUGAUAUAUUUGUAUUAUAUUAUAUUAUAUAUAUACUUUUUUCAAUUGUUUCCAUUUCGCUGGCUUGAUGCUUUGUUCGCAGCUUCGAAUCUAAGAAUCUUAUACGAUAAUGCAAUAAUUCCCCUUUGAACGAAAUUGCGAUAUUAAAACAGAUAUUAACAGCACAAUAUGUAUAUAAUAUAAUAAAUUAUUUAAUGUCUUCUCCCGAUUGUACAGUGUACUUAUAUUUGGCGAUUAGUGUGUCACAUAAAGCUUCGAUGACGCGUAACGCAAUAAAUUUACAGUAAAAUGGGAUGCAUUGUGAGAAUAUUUGUCAGAUGGAAUGUAAAAUGCCCUACGAACUUUGUCCUUAAAUUAAUAUCCGCAGGUAUCCGAUCCGUUACAUCAAUUAGAGCGGAUACAUCAGUUUCUGGUCCUAGAUAUCUUUACAACGAUUAAUUAAGACAUCGUUUUAAAUUACGCUAUGUUGUUAUUCAAAUAUUCUACUGUCGUAAACGUGAUAUCUCCUCGUCGAAAGUCUAAAACUAAUUGAAACAAAAGAAAUAUCGAUCUAGAUUAUUCGCACCUCCGUGAAUAUUUGAUUUAAAUAAUAGAGCAGCUAGAUGGAUAGGUUGAUCUAGACUCGUGAAAAUAAUUUUAACGGGGCAGCUCCAAAAUUCGAUCAAACCUCACGGAGAUCCUGCUGAGAACGUUUCUUUAUCAAGUUUCGUGUAUUCAGAUUUAACGGUGAAUGAUUAGAAUAAAUAGGGUUGGCACAACCAUAGUCAUAAGAUUACAUACUACAAGAGCACUGAACGCGAGCCCUGAAUUCGCGAAUUCCACCUUAAAUAAUUAACUCGAUAAAUCACGAUUGUCACAUGUCGCGGCAUAUAUCGCGGUCCUUAUAGCAUAAUACGUUUCACGUUUAUGGCUCGCGUCGCUGGCCACUAAACACAGACACACAAUUCACAGCAUAUUUCGUAAAAAGCGAAGCCACUCGUUGGGAAUCACUGAAGCACCACGUUUAAUACAUAGUCCUCGAGAAGCUUCGACAUUUCAACACGGCGUGGUUCGCGUCCACGCCAUAGGAAAGGAGGAAGUUCCUCUGAGCACUGAUAUCACCAAGUCAAUGAGUUGUAUCGUCGUAUGGGAAACCACUCAUUCCAAGAUACGCACGUGAUAGUUCUCACUCUCUUUCUCUCUCUAUUACCCUAGGUAACUACAGAAUACGGAGAAAAAAUCGCGCGUGAAGAAAAGGAUUUAGCUAAAGGGGGGAAAGAAAACAGGAAAACUUGACAGACCCUGAUAUGAAUCUUCGGUACCGAGAGCUUCCUUCUAU